AUGUCCCGGGUAGUUAAGCAGCUUAAGUUUUUCAACCGAAUCAGUGCGACGACUUUGGAGCCCCAGGUUGUGUUGAAUGCCGAAAAGUAUUCUGGCCUCAAUUUGACUUUCCAAUAUCAAAACCACAAUGGCCACAUGGGUGCUAGGAAGUUUUGGCGUGAGUUUCUACCUACCUUGCAAUUUUACAACCCAGAAGUGAAAUUCCAGGUCACCAGAGUGAGAAACGAGGACAAAAAAAAUGCCAGCGUUCCAUGCGUCUUGGAGGUCAUCGACAAAGAGGGGAAGCCCGUGAGCUCGCUCGAUAUGCGCAACAAACAGGGCUUGGAGAUCAUGCAAGAGCUGCUUUCACAGCUCGAACACGAAAGGGUGGCAGAAGAGGACAUCGUGAAGCUCUAG